GACAACAAAAAAAUUUGUAAAAUCGUAAACAAAUUGCAAUAAAUUACCAAAAUUUUCCAACAUAAAUUUAAUUAAUAAAAACGCAAUUUAAUACUCAAAUAUAAUACAUUUAUUAAAUACAAAUCCGAAGAACAAAGUUAUACUUUUAAACAGCUGCUGUUGGUAAAUUUCUGUGUGCCAAAAUAACAAAAAAAAAAUCAAAUUUAAUAAAUGCCAGGCAGGUUAUAAAUGUUUAGACGAAUAGCAACUGAUAAAUUGAUAUUCAGUCAAAAGUCAUUCGGGGCAUCUCUUCCAGCUGUUUGUAAGAAGUUUAGCACAACGAAUUGUUUGAAAGAAAAUCGUAUGGACAGAUUCACACUUCCUAAACGAUUCCAAGGAACAACAAGUGUUUGGAAUGAAUAUGUUCCACUCGCAUUAAAAUACAAACCCCUUAACUUAGGACAAGGUUUUCCCGAUUUUGCUGCCCCUGAAUACGUGACAGACGCUUUGAGUAAAAUCGCCUCAAGUGACAAUCCACUCAUGAAUCAAUAUACUCGAGGAUUUGGCCAUCCAAGGCUUGUUCAAGCUCUUUCGAAGCUUUAUUCAAAGUUAGUUGGGCGUGACAUUGAUGGUAACACCGAGGUCAUGAUUACGUGUGGUGCUUACGAGGCUCUAUUCUGUGCCAUUUUGAGUAAUGUUGAUGCUGGCGAUGAAGUCAUCAUUAUCGAACCGUUUUUCGAUUGCUACGAACCCAUGGUGCGAGCUGCUGAUGGAGUUCCACGAUUUAUUCCAUUAAAACCUACCAAAACUGAUGGAGUAAUAACAUCUGCCGAUUGGGUCUUGGAUGAAAAAGAGCUAGAGAAUCUCUUUAAUGAAAAAACCAAAGCCAUUAUCAUCAAUACUCCUCACAAUCCAAUUGGAAAGGUUUUCAAUCGUGAAGAAUUGGAAAAAAUUGCCGAAUUAUGUAAAAAAUGGAAUGUUCUUUGCAUUUCUGAUGAAGUCUACGAAUGGCUGGUCUUUGAUAAAGCCGAACACAUUCGAAUUUGUUCACUUCCCGAUAUGUGGGAGCGAACAGUGACAAUUGGUUCGGCUGGAAAGACCUUUUCAGUUACCGGCUGGAAGAUUGGUUGGGCCUAUGGACCAUCAAAUCUUAUAAAUAAUCUACAAAUGGUUCAUCAAAAUUGUGUAUUCACAGUUGCUACGCCUCUGCAAGAGGCUGUUGCUCAAGGUUUUGAAUUAGAAAUGACACGUUUAGAUUCGCCCGAGUGUUAUUUCAAUUAUUUGCCAAAAGAUUUAAAGAAAAAGAGAGAUUAUAUGGCAAAGUUCCUUGAAGAUGCUGGUAUGAAACCAACAAUACCAGAUGGAGGUUAUUUUAUGUUGGCAGAUUGGUCGAGUUUGGAAAACAAAGUGGAUAUGAAUUCAGAAACAGACAAAUAUCGAGAUUAUCGAUUCACUAAAUGGAUGACCAAAAGUAUGGGUUUGCAAGGUAUACCUCCGAGUGCAUUUUAUAGCGAACAAAAUAAACCACUGGCUGAGAAUUAUGUUCGUUAUUGCUUUAUGAAGAAGGAUGAAAACUUGCAAAAAGCUGAAGAAGUUUUUAAGAAGUGGAAAUGAGUGUAAAGUUAUCUGUUUUUAUUUUUUAUAU